AUGCUUCAUCAUGACUUCAGACUGCUCCCUAACGUCUUGAGCCACAGGCUUCUCUCACAGCAGGGCAGCCCGGGUGCCAUCAGUUACCGUCAUCGGGCCAUCCUCACCAGUUUUGCGACCUCCGUCCCUAUUCAUGUGGGCCUUGACCGCAAUGAGUCCACUCAGGAGCUCAUCCUCCAGCAUCUAGGUGUCCCCUAUGUGACUUUCUGCCACCUGUCCAGGGCCUCCAAUUCUGGUGUCAGAUCUUCUGCUCGAGGGCCUCGGGCAGAUGACAACUUUCAGCCUGCCGGACAGGUCUAUCCUGGCUCUGAUUGA